AAAACAAAAAAAACCGAAACACAAGCUCACGCCUCUUCUCUCUCUCCACUUCGCUCCGCUUAGUCGCCGUCGCCACCUCGCCGUCGCGCCGUCGCCGUCAUCCUCAAGUUAUUAAAAUGCCCAUGGAGAUUGGUGAGAACGAUGAUUCAGUGGAGAUGCUGAGGAAUACUCAUAUCUCUUCCUACGAUGACGACGGGGAUGAUGAUGCAGAUCCAGAAGAAGUGGAGGAUCUGAUGAAUGAUGAUGACAAUGAAGAUGAUGAAGUGCAAAAACUGGUAACUCUAGGUUUUGUAGAGAAGCCAAAAAAUAAAUGGUCCCUGCUGCGUCAACUCUUCCCUAGCAAAGCUGGUGGAGUACCGGCUUGGUUGGAUCCAAAUAAUCUACCAUCUGGUAGGUCUUGCCUUUGUGAUAUAUGUGGACAACCUUUGCAAUUUUUGCUUCAGGUAUAUGCACCGACCUUUGAUCGAGAAUCCACGUUUCAUCGCACAUUAUAUUUGUUCGCAUGUCUGUCGAUGUCUUGUCUUCUUCAUGAUCAACAUGAACAAUGGAAGAGACCUGCAGUAAAUGCAUCUCGAAGUGUGAAGGUUUUUCGUUGCCAAUUGCCUCGUGACAAUCCCUUCUACUCAAGUGAACCCCCACGGCAUGAUGGGAGUGACAAACCUUUAGGAAGUGGAGCUCCACUUUGUAACUGGUGUGGAACAUGGAAAGGAGAUAAAGUUUGUGGUAGAUGCAGAGACGCACGAUACUGCUCUGAAAAACAUCAGGCCAUGCAUUGGUGCGCCGGUCAUAAAGUUACCUGCCAAAUUAGUAGCAGAAAUGCGGGAAACUCAUCAGCAGAAGACCAGAAAUCUGCAAGCAGGAGUCUAUGGCCUGAACAUGAGAUUGUUAAUGAGAAUGAGGCUGAAUAUGAUGUCGACGUGUCCGCUGAUUUGGAUAAUACCAAUUGUCUGGUAUCCAGAAACCAGAUGGAUGACUCAAUAAAUUCACUUAUUGAUAGUUUCCAGGGUGAUAGUGACAGGAGGAGUUGGGGCAACUUCCAAGAACGCAUUGCCAGGGCGCCUGAGCAAAUUUUAAGGUACUGUCGAAAUGUAUUCGCUAGGCCCUUGUGGCCGAUGUCAAGUGGUCAGCCAUCAACAGCAGAUAUUCCCAAUUGCAGCUAUUGUGGAAAGCCCCGGUGUUUCGAAUUUCAGGUCUUGCCUCAGCUUCUUUACUAUUUCGGCGUGAAGAACGAUGCAGAUUCGCUUGACUGGGCUACUAUAGUUGUUUAUUCCUGUGAAGCGUCUUGCGAUGCGGCCAUGGGUUACAAGGAAGAAUUUGCUUGGGUACAAGUGUCAUCCCCAUCUCAAGUGGUACCUUGAAAAUCUUUGUACGUUAUUCAGCUCCUCUGGCUAAAGGGUUUCUAUAAUUCUCCUCUUCCUCCUCCCUCCUUUUGAUGAUCGUCUCCGGCAGAGUUGUGUCUGUAACUUCCGAAAGUUACUAAAAGUUUUGGGGUCUUAGGUUGAUAGGAUAUGUAGUCUUCUGCAUUUGCUUAUUACUUUAUGUAUCUUAUUAUUUAAACUAUUUUGAAGUUUUGGCUU